AUGGCUGAUAUUCCAAAAGAAAGAUCAGCGAGGAAUGCUAGUAUACCUCCACAAUACAUCCCGGUAUCAGUACCAAAUUUGAGGUGGAGAAGUUUGAUGGGAAAGGAUCAAAAGUAUGCCUUUUCAGAACAAAACUCUGCAAAAGAAUUAUGGCAAGCACUAGAGGACAAGUUUAUGAAAAAGAGUAUAGAUAAUUGUCUCUACUUGAAGAAAAGGAAUUUUCAUUUUCAACACAAGAAAGGUACUUCCAUAAAUGAGCAUCUGAAUGAUUUCAAUAAAAUGAUAGCUGAUUUGAAGAAUUUGGAUGUGGAAAUCGAUGAUGAAGAUAAGGCUCUUUUAUUAUUGAAUUCACUGCCUGACACAUAUGAACAUCUCAUCACCACUUUACUACUCGAGGAGUUCGAUGAAGGAGUUGUGUUGAUGGGUAAUGAUGAUGUUUGUAAGAUUAAAGGGGUUGAGACUAUCUAUCUAAAGAUGCAUAAUGGGGUAGUCAAGACACUGACAAAGAUACGGUAUGUACCUUACUUGAAGAAAAAUCUUUUCUCACUUGGAGUCCUAGAAUCUAGUGGUUAUAAGAUUAUCAUGCAUGGUGGAGUCUUGAGAGCAAUUCAUGGUGCAUUAGUUGUCUUAAGAGGCACGAGGAAAGGAAACUUAUAUUUCCUAGAUGGAUCUAUAGUUAUUAGUACAGUAACUGUUUCCAAAAGCUUAAAAGAUGCUGAAGCAGAUAAUUCCAGACUUUGGCACAUGCGUUUAAAGCAUGCUGGUGAAGAGGCUUUACAAGGAUCAAGUUUGGCACUGCGGUACACAACACAAAAGGGAUUCUUAAUUAUGUUCACACAGACGUAUGAGGACCUUCAAAGAAUGAAUCUCUUGGAGAAAAUGGUGGAGACUCAAACUGGAAGGAGAGUUAAGACUCUUCGGUCAGAUAAUGGUGGUGAGUACACUUCAGAUCCUUUCUUUGAAGUUUGCCAAGAUGAAGGGAUCAAACGACAUUUUACUGUGCGCAAAACACCACAACAAAAUGGAGUAGCAAAACGCAUGAAUCGCACAUUGAUGGAGAAACAAGAGAAAUCACAGGAGAAGGAAAAACAGUCUAAUGAUGCACAACAGGUGGAGUUAGAGACUUCAGUCAUCCCUAUAAAGAUUGUUCAGACAAUCCCUAGUGAAGGAGAUUCAGAUGAAAGUUCAGAUGAAGAGGAUGCAACAACUCCAACAACCACACAACAAGAAUCCAUUGCAAUGAUAAUUGAUGAUGGAAUCCCCUACACCUACAAAGAAGCAGUACAUGGUGUAGAAAAUACAAAAUGGAUAGAGGCAAUGGAUGAAGAGAUGAAAUCUCUCCACAAGAAUUAG